CUGACACGUUUUUACGACAGUCAUUUUUACGACAGUUUAUGCACAUGGCCGUAUAUGCCGUACCGACAUAAAGUCGAGAUUAGUCGUUAUCCUUCGAACAACGGCAGAUUUGGCCAAAUCAGCCCAACAUGAACCCUGUGCUGAAGAGGGGAAUGCCGGCUUGUGUGAGAACUCUGCUGACAGACAUUGAACCUAAAGGCGAGCAUCGGUACUGGAGUGCGGAAGAUGAGGAGGUGGACCCAGUCGACAGAGAUGGAAUUUCGCUGCCCAGGAGAGGGACUGCAAAGCCUGGGGAACUGUUGUCACCUGCUGGCAGGACAGAGGCAGGUGAAAUGAGGGACAGUGUUUCGGAAAUGCCGGAUAGAAUGUGUGGACUGUGUUUGAAAGAACCUCUGCGUUAUACCUGCCCGCGAUGUAACGUGCCGUACUGCAGCGUGGCGUGCUAUAGAAGCCCCACCCAUUCCACCUGCUCUGAGGAGUUCUACAAGGAGUCCGUCAUGCAGGAGCUGAAGAGGACGGGGAGUACAGAACAGGAAGGCAGGAGACAGAUGCAGGAGAUCUUGCUGAGGCUGAGAGAAAGGGAGAAUGAAGGAGGGGGCGAGACGGAGCAAAUGCUGAAGGAGCUGGAGGAGGAAGGACAUGGAGGUGCAGAAGAUAACAGACAAAUUCUGGAGCAUCUGUCACGGCUGGCAGAGAUUCAGACAUCGGGGGCGGGGAACGCAGAGGAGAUAGAGGCUAUAUUAAAGAAUCUCAGGGAGAUUGGGGAGGGUGGUGUGGCAAGAGAGCAGGCAGAAGAGAUUACUGCAGGAAAAGAAGAUGUAGAGGAAGGCGAUGGACAGACAGAAGAGGAUUUAGCAGACAGGCUGUCAGGGUUGGAUCUGAACUCUCUCUCAGAGGAGCAGCUGUGGGCUCUGUUGCCCCAGCAGGAUAAGGAGAAGUUUAAGGAGCUGGUGAAAGGGGGGGCCAUCGGGGGGCUGGUGCCCCUGUGGAGGCCCUGGUGGGAGACGCAUGAGCAAGGGAAGGGGGCCCUGAUGGAGGUGCUGGGAGAUGUUACAGAGCAUGAGGCGCAGAGUGAGAGGAAAGGAGGAGCUGACAGCUUAGAAGUGCUACAGGGAGAGGCAGAGGGAAAAAAGAGGAGCGCAAGGGAGAAGGUAAAAAACAAGGGGAGAUACAAGGAGCGAGCACAGCCUGCUUUAAAUGAAGAAGAGAUGGAGAGUGCCAAUGAGACUGGUAGGACCAAGAGCGUUUCAGAGGGCCGAGAUGCUGAGAGGACCAGGCCUUCAGCGGUCCCGGGCCGGAAGAGGACGCACAGCCCUAACGCAGACUCCGUGCCGCCUGUGAGCAAGAAGAUCCCGCCUCUGCGCUCCCUGUCCUCUAAUGCCUCCCCAUUGGUGCGUUACAGCUUGGUCAACGCCCUAUACGGAUACACCUUCUCCCUGUGCCUCUUCAAUGGGGAUCUCUCGGAGUCUGACCUGGUCCAGGACUUCUGCCAAGUGACGCUGGCUGGUUCCGAGUGUCUGAGCUCUAACCGGGUCUUCGGUUCUCUACGGGAGGCCCUGGAUGGGGGAGCCAUGGCCGUGGUGGAGGGCGGGUACGCCGAACGGGGGGACACAACCACCGCAGCCAGGACGACGGAGGCUGUGGCCCACAUUCUGACUGGGAGUAGCAAGCGGGACCCAAUUGGAUACUGCUUAGCAGCGCUGUCUCAAUUACGUGUGACUUUCACGCAGGCCAGGGGGGCUCUGUCAAAGGAGGGCGACAACGGUGAAACCAGGAGGAAGUAUUUCGCUGCAGGAAAGAAAUGCGAGUUUUUGCAGGCCUGGGUCAAAGAGAAUGGCCAGGAAGUGACAGCGUUGGCCCGGGCAGUGUGGGCGCAGCUUAAUAGGAGCGAGGGGGAGAGGGGGACUCUGGAGAAGGAGAAAAAGGAGGUAGAGAACCGGUGGAGCAAAGGACAGGGCCGGAAGAAGGGGCCGAUGAUUGUAGAGCUUGAUUAAUUUCUGACGAUCAAAAUUCAUUGACGAUAUAUGAACAUUAAAGUAGCUUGUGAACAGUG